AUGUAUAGACGGAAUAAGGAAAUAAAAUAUGUUACCGUUGCGUUGCCACGUAAACCGCCCUCAGAAACCUACAAAUAUCACGACCACCACAUCAUUCUGCACUCCCUUCCUUCUUCUCCAACAACAAGCUACCACAUGAAACGUCUCUUCGACCCACUUUAUCUGAAGAGUCAGAAGUGGACUUUAGAGUUAGAUCGUGACACAACACGUUCCCGUCCUGAAUGUGAAGUGGGUAAUGAAGAAAGUGGUGGUAGCUCGAAAAGAUCAAAGACUACUGAAGAAGGGGAGUAUUGUGUCCAUUCCAACCCAGAAACGCCAACUAGUGAUUGUUCAACAGUUAAACGUCCAACAGGCAGAGAUGCAGCAAAAAAAAAGGGAAAGAAUGGGAAACACGGGUUGUUCAAAAUAAUCGACAACUCGAUGAAAUCAUCACUGAAUUACUCAUACAAGAUCAUCAUCCCAGAGCAAGAAGGAGGUAUUGCGAUCGAGAACGUGAGCAGGGUGAGGCACGUUUAA